GCUUUUCGCGUAUUGCGCAACUCAAAUUGAACUUGGGACGGAGACGGGAAUUGCCUGAACAGAACCAAAACACACGCAAAAAUGCAAAAUCCAAUUCAAAGGUUGGUCUACACGUUCGGUCAACGCACCUACAGCCAAUUGCCGCUCAUCGGCGGACCAGCAGCAGCAGCAGCGAUAGCAACAAAAGUCCAACCGAUGAUGGCCCAACAGCAGCAGUCGACGCGACAGUCCUCCUCCUCCGUGCUGGCCACGGAGUCCUCCAACAAGGGGAUGAUCAUCCUAAACCGUCCCAAGGCCUUAAAUGCCAUCAAUCUGGAGAUGGUGCGCAAAAUCUACAAGCAUCUGAAGAAGUGUGAAAAAUCCAAAUCCCUGCUGAUCAUCAAAGGCACCGGCGACAAGGCAUUCUGUGCGGGUGGCGACGUCCGAGCCCUGGUCGAUGCUGGGCCCACGGAUGAGUCGAAGAGCUUCUUCCGGGAGGAGUACACUACGAAUGCCCUGAUCGGCAACUACAAGAUCCCCUACAUCGCCAUCAUUGACGGCAUUACCAUGGGCGGUGGCGUGGGUCUGAGUGUUCAUGGAAAGUAUCGUGUCGCCACAGACCGGACACUGUUUGCCAUGCCCGAGACGGCCAUCGGCCUCUUCCCCGAUGUCGGCGGAUCAUACUUUCUGCCCCGCCUGCAGGGGAAACUCGGAUUGUACCUGGGACUCACGGGCUAUCGCCUGCGCGGUGCAGAUGCCUUUUAUGCGGGCAUUGCCACGCACUAUUGCGACAGCAGCAAGAUACCUGAACUCGAGACGGCGCUGCUCAACUGCCCCGAUGCGGAUGAUGUGCCAGAGCUGCUGGAGAAGUUCCAUACGAAGCCGGAGAAACCUUUCUCGCUGCAGCCAGUGCUGGAGCAGAUCAACAAGAACUUUUCAGCCGAUUCGGUGGAGGCAAUUCUCGAGAAUCUGCAGAACGAUGGCAGUGAUUGGGCCAAGAAGACGCUGGCAACCCUGUGCAAGAUGUCCCCCACAUCGAUGAAAGUCACGUAUCGCCAGCUGGAGCUUGGCUCCCAGCUGUCCCUCACCCAGUGCCUGAUUAUGGAGUAUCGGCUGGCCGUACGCCAUCUGGAGGACCGUGCCGACUUCAAGGAGGGUGUACGAGCCCUACUGAUCGACAAGGACCAGCAGCCCAAGUGGCAGCCCGCCCAGCUGUCGGAUGUCACCGAGGAGCAUGUGCAAUGGUUUUUCCGCAAGCUGCCCGAUACCGAGGAGCUCAAACUGUAAUUUUGGGUUGGCCAUUCAACCCGUUUUGUUUUUGUUGAGCCUGUUAAUCCCCUCUUUGUCUUCCCUUUUUUGGCGCCGCUCAACUCCUUACUCCUUCUUUAUGCACAUUUACUUAUUCGCAGCGCCUGAUUUAUGCAUGCAUGCAUUCCACCUUUUGCCUGCCGUUUUAUGCAAUAUUUUCGUUAACAAAGUUAAGCCACUUUUUGGCCGCUCAACUUAUGGUAUAUUCUGCAAUCUCUGUUUUAUUUUUCUCUGUCUCAUUC